AUGGACCAGCUGGUGAAUUUCAUCAUCCGCCCGCCCAGAGCUGACUACAGUCCAGACGAUGAUCUACUGGAGCAGGAGUUUAUGCUCAAGGGAAGAUGGUUUCAGAGGAAGGAUCUGGAGGUAGUAAAUAGCCAGGGCAAGAAGUUGCAGUGUAGCCACUACAUACCUGCUGUGAUUCCUGAAGGAACAGCACUUCCUUGUGUUAUAUACUGUCAUGGAAAUAGUGGAUGCAGAGCUGAUGCUAGUGAAGCUGCCAUUAUUCUUCUACCAUCAAAUAUUACAGUCUUUACACUGGACUUUUCAGGGUCUGGUCUCUCUGAAGGAGAGCAUGUCACCUUGGGCUGGAAUGAAAAAGAAGAUCUGAAAGCUGUUGUUAAUUAUUUGCGGACAGAUGGGAACAUAUCUUGCAUUGCUCUGUGGGGCCGCUCAAUGGGUGCGGUCACAAGUCUAAUGUAUGGAGCGGAGGAUCCAUCAAUUGCUGGAAUGGUUCUUGAUAGUCCAUUCUCUAACCUUGUUGACUUGAUGAUGGAACUAGUUGAUACCUACAAAUACCCCUUGCCAAAAUUCACGGUAAAACUUGCAAUACAGCACAUGCGGAAGAUUGUCAAGAAAAAAGCCAGCUUUGACAUCAUGGAUCUUGAUACCAUUCAGGUAGCAAAGCGAUGUUUUGUUCCUGCUUUGUUUGGACAUGCAACUGAGGAUGAUUUUAUACUCCCGCAUCAUUCAGACAAAAUUUGUGAAGCAUAUGUUGGAGACAAAAACAUUAUAAAAUUUGACGGGGACCACAAUUCACCCCGACCACAAUUUUACUUUGACUCGAUCACAAUAUUUUUUCAUAAUGUGCUGAACCCACCUGAUGUCCCUGACGAUCAUUAUUUCCUGACACCACAUGGCAGCCUUGGUCAGUCCCGAAGAGAAGAAAUGGAGACAAGCCUACAUAUCGGUCCUCGGAAAGCCAAACAGGGUCACUGGGAUACAGAACAUGAUAUAGAGUAUAGAAUUGCUCAAUCACCAACAGCCCCUUCAACCACGACAGAAGAUGCCAUUGCACAGUUGCGUUCUAGAAGGCUCAUGAGCAGAAUGGAGGUCCCAUCUGGAACCGCCACAAAAGGCAGGGCCGACAGAACUGAGGUAUUGGAUAGUGAUGUUGGCCCCUCCUCAUCUAGUGCAUCUACUGCGACUCCUCCCAAUGGCCGUAAUGGAAGGAUGCUCACUCCAACCUCUGAUGAUGGCGAGUAUGUGGAGUAUUCAUUUGAUAGCGUAUCAGAUAUGCCUUACACUGAGGAAGAUGAAGAUAGAAUGCUGAUGCAAGCAAUUCUUGAGUCCCUGAAGGAUUUAGACAAGUCAAAUACAAAGAACACUCAAUCAGCUGUAUCUGAUGUUGCUUCCAAAGAAAAUAGUGUAGCACCUGAUGUAGUGGCAUUGGAGACAGAUGCAUCCUCCUUCUCUGUGCGUGGUGCUGAUGCUCCUGGUAAGGAUGUAGCAGCCUGUAACAGUGUAGCAAAGACGUCUAGUGUGCAAAGUGCAGAUCGCUGCACUGUAAAUGUUGCUGUUUCUGCUAAUGUUUCUGGCGCAUCAGAAUCCAACGGCUCAACUCAGGUCAUCAAUGGAAAAUCUGGCUCGGCAGAAUCCCAGAAAACCACUCAGGACAUGAAUGGGAAAUUUGGCUCGGCAGAACCCCAGAAACCCACCCAGAACCCCAAUGGAGAGGAUGGCACAAGAGCAACACUUGUAGUCCAGAAGAGCCGGACUGGCAGCCUGAUUGAUGGAUUGACACAAAAAUGGGGUUCGUUCUUCAAGAACAAUGACUGA